CAUUGCACUGAAGCAUCAGUAGCUCGACAUUUCUGUAUCUUAACGCUUUCGUAAGUUAUUUUUCACAAGGCUGGACUUGCACAAUUGUUUCUUCAACCAUAAACUGUUUCUCGCCACAGAGCUGGUGUGGUUAGCUUUCAUUUAAUGCGGCCGUGUCCAGUCAGGAAAUGGAAAUGUAACAUCAGCUACCGGUUUUAUACAAAGUAGGUUAACAUUAGCUGUUAGCUUUUUUAGCCACUCAGGCCCGGCUCUAUGUAAGCACAAAGGCCGAGUGCACCGCCUCGCUUUUUAACAAUGUACCCCUCCUGGGGAAACUAUGGGCCACCCCAGUCGCAAAACUUUGGAGGGUCUGUGCCCCGCAAGCAGCCCGGCCCCGGCCAACCCGCCGCGGCACCGGGGUUCGGCGGCUUCGAGGCCUCAACCGGCGGUGGGUCGAUGUUCUCCAGCCUCCAGGAGCAGCACCUCCAGCAGAUGCAGCAGCUGCAGAUGCUGCACCAGAAACAGCUCCAGUCUGUGUUACAUCACGGCAACAACGCUGGUCAGUACGGUGGUGGAUACUCUGCUGGAUACCCGGGGUCAUCGUGGCAUUCAGAAGGAGCAGGAUACCCCGAAGGUGGUGCUGGAGCUCAGUAUUUUAAUCAAGACGAGACGUCUGGUCAGGCGGCCAGAGGUCCCCCUGCUCCUCAGACAGGUCACCCACAACCUCCUCCACCUCCACCACAGCAACCGCACCCCAAUGAACCCCAACCUCCACCUCCAGAGCCCCCGUCAUCCAACCCACCUGAGAACAACAGUGCUCCCACAGCCAAAGAUCCAACCAGCAAAGAUUCAUCCACGACAGAGGACGACAAAUCCUUACCUUUGCAGGAGCAGCAGCAACUUUGGUACAAAAAACAUCUUCAAAAUCUACAGAAGUUAAAGCAAGAGAAAGCCAAACAGAAUCAGAAAGAGGGUGAUGGUCCUCUGCCACCACUACCCCCUGGCCAAGGGGUUGCUCCCCCUCCUCCAUCAGAACCACAAAAAGGUGCACCUCCUCCACCCCCUCCAAGAGAUGAGCCCCCCGCACCACCUCCACCGCCUGAAGAAGCAAAGCCUGAGAUCCCAAAAGACCCAGAGGAAGCUGCCCGGCUCCAGCAGUUACAGGCUGCAGCAGCGCAAUGGCAAAAGGUGCAGCAGCAGAAAGCAAGCUUGCAAUACCAGGCUCUGAUGCAACAACAUGAAAAGCUUCAGCAGAUCCUGGAAAAGUACCAACAACUAAUUCAGCAACCUACAAACCUACAGUCAAUGUCUGCUGAAAUGCAGCUGAGGCACUAUGAAAUGCAACAGCAGCAGUUCACACCUUUAUUCAAAGACUGGGAAUGCUCCUUCACCUUGUGGUAUGAGCAGUUCCAGACCUAUCCUCACAAAGACCAACUGCAGGACUAUGAGCGCCAAUGGAAGCAGUGGCAGGAGCAGAUGAAUGCCACCAAUGCCCACCUUCAAGAAAGGGUUGCCACUAUCACUGCCGUGGUGCCAUAUGCCUCAGGCCAGUAUAGUAGUGGGAUGAUGGGACAGUUUGGCCAGUUCCCAGGACAAGACAUGCAAAUGCAGCAGCAAUCUGCAAACCUGGGUAUGCAGCAUUCCCCAGUUGGUGUUGGUCCUAACUCUCAAGGUCCACCACCUGCUGGUUUUGGGCCCCAUUCAGAAUUACCUGCUGGCCUAGGAGUCAGAACCCCAGGUCCCCCUACCAUUCAGCCACCAAGCAUCAACAGCGUCAGUGGUCCACGUCCUCCUGGGCCCAGUGGAAACAACCCAAGAUUUGACCAGCCAAAGCAACACUUCGAUGGGCCCCCAAGGUUCGACCAACCACAACAGCGUUUUGAUGGUCCCCCAAGGUUCAACCAACCACAGCAGCGUUUUGAUGGUCCCCCAAGGUUCAACCAACCACAGCAGCGUUUUGAUGGCCCCCCAAGGUUCAACCAACCGCAGCAGCGCUUUGAUGGCCCCCCUCGAUUUGACCAACCAAGGCAUCGCUUUGAUGGUCCCCCCAGACUUGACCAACCACGGCAGCGAUUUGAUGGGCCCCCCCGAUUUGACCAACCUCGAUUUGGGAUGCAGCCUAGGUUUGAACAGUCCCCAAGACUUCCUGGAACGCCGCCUAUUUUUGAACGCCCACCUGUGCCCCAGCAAAAACAACAGCAAGGUCCCCAACCUAUCGCUCAGUCAGCCACUAAACAACCUGCCAACAUGGAUUCCAAGAUUCUGGUCAAGUCAGGCAGCCAGCCACAGUCUGAAAAAGGAAAAGGUGAAUCAGAACCAGAUAAAAAGGCCAAUACUGAAGACUUGACGGAUGAUAACUUGCUUGGAAAUGAGGGCUUUUUUGUCCAAAAUGACCCAAUUCCUCAGACAUUAAAAACAAACACAAAGCCUGAGGAAUCAGAUGGCAAAAAUGCUCCCAAUAAUAGGGAAAAACCAAAUCCUGGUAACAGCAAGCCUUCUGUCACUGCACCUUCUACUGUGGCAUCAAAAAAUACUGCUCCCCUCAAAACAGAGGUACCAUUGACAAACAACAAAGCCCCAGUGGUUUCAAAGCCCCCUGGAAUCCAACAGGAGCCCAAAGCUUCUGGCCAUAUGCAGUCAAGAACAGAUCUUCCAGGGCUUCCCCCUGGGAGGGGACGGGGCCAGCCCCCAGUACCUGUCCAACUACAUGGACGAGGACGUGGGCAAAGGGGCCGUGGAGAGUUCAGGGGACCAAACACUGUACCACUUGGGGAAGAGAUUGGAGAAAUGUCUUAUGACUACAUGCCAGCUGAAGAAAACUGCGAGAUGUCAGAAGAACAGGAAGAAUAUCACUGGCAAGAUCCUUCAUAUGAGCAGUGUGGUGAUGAGGAAUCGGAGGUGCCCCCUGAAGAAAUGUGGAUGCCAGACGAUCAUCACUUCCCAGAGGAAGAGUAUUAUGAAGAACCCAUGGGGGGACCCCAUAUGCGGAGAGGAGGGCCCCCAAUGAUGAGAGGUGGGCCCCAUAUGGGAAGGGGAGGCCCACAUAUGGGCCGAGGUGGUCCUCCUAUGGGCCGAGGUGGUCCUCCUAUGGGCCGAGGUGGUCAUCCAUUGGGGAGAGGAGGGCCACCUAUGGCUCGUGGGGGCCCUCCGAUGGCAAGAGGCGGACAUCCUAUGGGAAGAGGAGGACCACCAAUGGGAAGAGGCGGACUUCCUAUUGGAAGAGGAGGACCACCGAUGGGGAGAGGAUUGCCUCCUAUAGGAAGAGGUGGACCACCAAUGGGGAGAGGAGGGCCUUCGAUGGGAAGGGGAGGACAAAGAGGAGAGCCGAUGGAAAGGCACUGGGAAGAACCUGAGUCGGAGGAGUACUCAGAGGAAGCUGAUCCUUACUGGGGAGAAAGGAGACCUCCAAUGAGAGGUAUGAGACCCCCCUUUCCACCUGGCCGGGGUCGUCCACCACCUGGUCAUGCUGGAUUCAUGCAUCCAGGACGAGGGCGUCCCCCUCACCCUGCACAUGGGCCAUUGGAUCAUGAGUCAUUAGGUCAUGGCAUGGAUAUGAAUGAUGCUGAAAUAGAUCCAGCAGAGGACCCAAUGUACCACGGACAUGACCCUCAUAGUCAUCCGAUGCAUCCUGAUGUCGGAAGAGGCAUGCGCCGCGGGCCACCACCACCACCACCUCACGAAAUUAUUGAUACUAUGGAGGAGCCAUUGUACGAUGAAGACAUAGAAAGAGAAUUAGGGUGGCAACCGCCACAUGGCAGAGGUCCUCCGCCGCCCCCACAUGAGAUGAUAGAUAGGGGAGGAAUGAGGAGGAGGCCUAUGGGUCGAGGGGUGGCAAGAGGCAUGUGGCGGCCAGGUCCAGGACAUGAGGAAUAUGAAGAGAGACGUGAGGGUUUUGUGGAGGAUUAUGGUCAUGGAGAAGAAGGCUAUCGCUGGCGGCAACCACCUGACUAUCCACCUGAUGACUAUCGGCACGAGGCCAAGUACUAUGAGUCUGAAUGGGACAGAGAUCGUGCUCCUCCUGAGAGGGAUUAUCCUCCCCGCAUGCCCCGGCCUGAGCCCUACAGAGAUGAUCAUUGGCCAGAGGACAGAGAUAGAGAAAGGAGUCGGCCAUAUCCUUAUGAUGAACAUGAAAGGGGAAGAGGGGAACUUAGAAUUCGUGAGUAUGGGGAUGAGCCACCAUACCGGAAAGAAGAACCACCAUACCCACCACCAGCUCCAUCUUCAGAAUGGGAUAGGCCUUCAAGACUUCCUCCACCACCAGAGAGAGGGUAUCCUGCUGACUAUGAGGACCGUAGAGCUCGCUAUGAAGACCGCAGAGAAGAGGCUCCUUUGGAUGUACGUCAACCUUUACCUCCUGCUGCACCUGUCACAAACUUGCCAGAGGGCUCAGUUGAUCCGGAAUCACAAGGAGUUGGAGCAAAUGUACUUGCUCUCUCCCAACGUCAGCAUGAGAUCAUCUUGAAAGCUGCUCAAGAGCUUAAGCUUAUAAGGGAAUUGCAGGAGGGUAAAGCACCAGGUCCUGAAUCGAAGCCUACACCAACUGACAUGCUGCCUGAGCUUCCUGCUGGUCUUCUUGGGUUGGAAAUCCCAGCGGACAUCAGGAAUGUUCUGAAGGGCAUGACCGCAGCUGCAAAAACAGCUGUACCCGAACCUUCCCCAUGGGAUGCUAAGCCUGCUGUCACAGAUUACCAGCCACCCACACCUUCAGUGAUUCCAAAGACUUUGGAUUAUGGGCAUGGACACGAGCCUGGAGCCACCGUUGAGCGUAUCUCUUAUGGUGAGAGAAUUGUGUUAAGGCCUGACCCAGUGCCAUCAGACAGGGGCUAUGAAAAAGAACCUCUUGGUCCCAGAGAUCCUUAUGGCAGAGACCCAUAUUAUGAAAGACGAUUGGACCCUUACAUGGACCGGCGGGAGUACAGCAGAGAGAGGGAAUUGUACAGAGAAAAGCCUGAAUAUGAAAGAGAACGAUAUGAGAGGGAGCGCUAUCCCCCACGGGAAAGAGAUGAAAGCACACAGCCCAUGAUUGAAGAAAGAUCUCCACUGGCACCCCCUUCACGUUCAGGAUACAGGGAGAGAGAACGGGAUCUUCGAGAAAGGGAGCGAAGUGACAGUCGAGAUCGAGAUGAACAUUACGGAAGGCCUGGCUAUGAUAGACUUCCAUAUGAUCGCAGUGGACUCGACCGCAGUGGGCCUGACCGUUACAGCCAUAGCUCAUCACCUUACGACAGAAGAAGUUAUCCAGAGGACCGAGGACCUCCCUCUGCACCACCACUUCCACCUCCGCCUCAGCCACCUCCACGAGUCGAGAGGAAGCCCGAAAUCAGAAAUAUUGACGAUAUCCUCAAACCACCUGGCAGAUCGUCUCGCCCUGAAAGGAUUGUCAUCAUAAUGAGAGGGCUUCCAGGAAGCGGAAAAAGCCAUGUUGCAAAGCUCAUACGGGAUAAGGAAGUUGACUGCGGCGGUGCACCUCCAAGAGUUCUUGUUUUGGACGACUAUUACAUGACCGAGGUUGAAAAAGUACAGAAAGACCCAGACACUGGGAGGAGGGUCAAAACCAAGGUUCUUGAGUAUGAAUAUGAACCGGAGAUGGAGGAUACCUACAGGAACAGCAUGCUUAAAACGUUUAAGAAAACACUGGAUGACGGAUUUUUCCCCUUCAUCAUUUUGGACACUAUUAACGACCGGGUUAAACACUUUGAACAGUUCUGGAGUGCGGCCAAAACAAAAGGCUUUGAGGUGUAUCUCGCUGAAAUCACUGGAGACACUCAGACUUGUGCAAAGAGAAAUGUCCAUGGGCGAUCGCUUAAGGAUAUAAUGAAGAUGUCCAACAACUGGGAGCCUUCACCGCGUCAUAUGGUGCGCCUGGAUGUCCGGUCCCUGCUUCAGGACGCUGCUAUAGAGGAGGUUGAAAUGGAAGACUUCAAUCCUGAUGACGAGCCCAAUGAGCCGAAGAGAGAGGAGGAAGAAGAGGGUGAUCUGGGCUACAUUCCAAAAAGCAAAUGGGAGAUGGACACGUCUGAAGCAAAACUUGACAAGUUGGACGGUCUGGGGAGCGGCGGGAAGAGGAAACGUGAAGACAUGUCAGACCUGGAGGACUACCUUCAGCUGCCAGACGACUAUGCCACACGCAUGUCUGAACCUGGGAAGAAAAGGGUUCGAUGGGCUGAUCUGGAAGAGCAGAAGGAAGCAGAUCGAAAGCGUGCUAUCGGCUUCGUGGUGGGUCAAACGGACUGGGAGAGGAUAACGGAUGAGAGCGGAGCGCUGGCACAAAGAGCUCUCAACCGUACCAAGUAUUUCUAAGAAGAUAAUAAUGCCCCCCUUUUGUUCCCUUCAUUGAAAGGUUUCCAGAAUGUGAAAACACCGAAGCUAACUUGUGGUGAAGACAAAGACAAGUAAUGGAUCAAGAUGUUGAUAUCACCAGUAGUUAGAAGUCCUUAGUUAUUUAACUGAUAAGGAUAAUGUAUAGGUUUAUUUCUCUUAUUUUAAACUAAGCACUGGUUAUUCACAAAUCAAUUUGUAGUUUAUAACUAUGUGCUUCCUCUGGUCAAAUAUUCUGUACUCAGUUAUGUUUCUUGCUGUUUUUUACUCUUCAUGCUUUCUGUACUGUUUGACUGUAGAACUGUUUCUUGGUCAAUGCAUACUUAAAAAAAAAAAAAACACAAUAAAACAUUCACAAAAUUACCAACCUGGGAAGUCUUUUCUUGCUCACUAAAACAGUGAAGCAGAAUGUGCUAGAAAAUUAUCCAUGAGGCUGAAGAAUAAUUAUACAUCUUACUUCACAUGUUUAGCCCUUGAAAUAUUUCUUACGGACUGUUGUCAGGUGUAUUGCUGUAUAUGGUAAAGCUGGGGUAGGCAGUUUUCUGAAAAAGAAAGAAAAAACAACAGCUCGUACCUCUCUGUGCUAAGCCCCUCCCAGCAACACAAGCAUGCAUGUUCUUCAUACAGUAACCUGUAUGAGCACUUGUCAUCAGUUGUCGACCUUGAUACUGUUAUAAAGUGGCAGUUCUAUGAGAAUAACCAACCUUUUUUCUUUACAAGCUUGUGGCCCUGUAAAGCCCUGAGGUGACCUACUGAAGCCUCUUUCAGACUGCAUUUCUGCAAAAGUGCCGUUACGAGAUUUGCUGUCAUUUUGCCUGACGACAUUCAUACUGAUUCCACAACUGUGUCCAUUCACAUGGAAGGAGAUGCAGUGCCGUGUAACAAAGCAGCGGCAGUACGUGUACGUGGCGAGUGCAUUCAAAACAAUUAUAGCGGAAGAACGGCCCGCCAUGCUGUUCAUCACAGGAGAGAUUCUAGAGACUCAAGCAAAGCUGUUCUGCAUUUUGCUGAACAUGAUUUGACUGUUGGACUCAAGUGAGAGGCGUGUUUCUGAUGACACGGUACACUUUAUUUAUUUAUUAUUCAUUUAACACCUCUGUGACCCUUUUUCCAUUUAGCAGUAAUGUGGUCUGAGUGAUCCGAACACAAGUGGACAGCUCUGUCUGUGUGUUCUCACCUGGUAGUAGCAUGAGUCUCCACAUGUGUCUUCAGUGACAACUUGUGAUCCGAUUCCACUUCCCCGCUCUGUAUGUAAAUUAACACGUUCAUCAAUUACGUUUGCGAAACACCGAAUGCAUUGCUGUCUUUACCUGGCGGGGGCAGCAGUGCCCAUCCCGUGCCUUGUUGGCCGGAAAUAAAAUAAGUAGUAGCACUAGUAAUAGAAGAAAUCAAAACAAUACAUUAGUUGCCGUGUUCCAGGCAAACCACAUCACCGAAGGUGUUAGGCGCACAUUUUUGUCUUGCACGUACUUCCUCUCGAGCACGGGGGUGGCAGUUGAGUAAGCGGCCCCUAAUGUUUUCACCUGUGUUUAGAGCUGUCCACUUGUGUUCGGAUCACUCAGAUCACAUGUUGAUGCUAAAUGGAAAACUGGGUCUAUUACUAUCUCUGAAGGCAUUACAGAGCCAGGAUCACUUGGUCCCCCCAUUACACCUCUCGGACAUCACAGAGGCCUUAAUAUCGCAGCUUUAAACGGCAGUCCGACAGGGGCUUGUGAUCUAUGGUUCUAGUGAGCUACAUAAACCUGAACUUGAAUUAGCCGCAGCCAUUAGCCUGAAUCUCUCUGAAAUACUUACAACAAUAUUGACAUUUCUUCAUAAAAAAAUUAAAAACCUGCCUAUCCCAGCUUGAAGUGAGGAGAAUGAUAGUAAGAGAGUAAAUGGUCACAUGAGCUUUAGUGAUGUGUUUUAUGUACAUGCUAAAUGUCCACAAUGAUUCCCUCCCCCUUGGCAAAUUUUAGUGGAAAACGUAUGCAAAUGUAUCACAUCCCUGGGCAGUUUUUCACCCCUGUGGGUUGCCUCCCUAUCCCUUAAUAGUGGUGCAUUUGCCAAUUUGUCUUUGUUUGUUUUUGUUAUUUUUUAAGAAGAAAUACUAUGAGGUAAUUGCUGAAAAGGUGCAAAUCAUCAAGGGUUUUAAAUAACACUAUUUUUUGUUUUGGGCUGACAAAUUUUUGCUUGUUAUAGCAUUUUCUCAACUUGUGCCUUGAAUGGGUUUGCAGACAAUGCUGUAUAAUGUUCAUGCAUGAUUGUAGGACUGAAAAGGACCACCACACUGUUUUUUUAACCUGUAAUAAUGACAGUAAUUUCAACACUUUCAGUGUUCAAAAAUUUGUGAUUACAUACAAUGAAGUAAAAUCAGGAAUAGUGGGAACACUGGGGUUUCUUCAAAGACAAAUCACAGUGGCCUAUUAUUACAAGAAAAGUAUUUUUUUUAAUUUGCCAGUACUGCAUUCAGCUGAUUUUUACCAUAUAAGACCACUAAUGCACAUUAUCAAAGCCCAUAAUAUUUAUUUACGUGAAAAAGAACAAUGCAAAUGAAUUGCUUUUAUUUUUGUUUAUCUGUCUCACAAGUCAGGAAAACUUUGAAGCGAGCUGAGAACUGACUGCAAACAUAUGUCAUCAAUCUACAAUUAAAAACAUUUUUUAAGCAAUAUCUCUGACUGCUUAGUUCAGUCUGCCUGGGGCGUCUGUUUGACUCCAAAUAACUCUGUGAUAACUAGAUAUAAUGUAUAUAUAUUUUGCAAGAAAUGGUCACAUAGAUGUGCAGUUAUGUUGCAUUGCUGUGCAGUUUUCAAAUGCCUAUGUCCACGCUCAGUAUUUAAAGGAACCAAAUUCACUCUCACUGAGUGAUAUUUAAGCAGGUCUGUUCAGUUUUUUAAAAUACAUUUUACAUUUACAAACUUGUGAAGAAUAAAUGUCCAGAAUUUUCACUUGUGCGAAAUUUUCAUCAAUAUUAUCAAUAUUGCUGUUACCGGACUGACUGAAGACAAAAGAAGGAUCAUCAGUUGUGACCUAGCCCCACUGACGAAGACCAUGCUUGAUUUGCCAAUGGACAUCCAGCCAGUGUAUCAUUUGGAAAGUGGACGGAUGGGUCAUCUUGGUAAGUAUGCAAGAGAAACAGCUGCUAUUUUAAAGGCACAAUGAGUAGGACUUUUACUAAAACAGAUCGUUAAAGCAUCAUUUAUGACCCACUAGAAUUGCGUGACUGAGUCUCUCUGAAACUGUGCUCUGUAUUUUUUAUUCUCUUUUCUUUUUUUUAAUGAUGUUAUAUUUAGAACGUUUCUGGCUGUGGUCCAGUCUAGACCAUGGACGUAUUAUAGAACCGGAUGAUGAUUUCAAGGGGCCAUUCAUGGUAUUGUAACAAAAAAAAUUUUUUUACCUUGGACCCAAAAAAGCAUAUUUCCCAAAGACUUCCAUCUGUAAAACAAGACAUUGUCAGUUCUAAUUCUUUUUUAUUAUUUUUCAAUUCAUUGACGUUUUAUAUUUGUAAAACUUUCAAGUCUAGAAAAUAAGUUUUUUAAAAAAUCUGUGAAAUCAAUGUGAAGUCUAUGGGCCUAGUAGUAAUUUGUGGGCAGGGCCAGCGAGAUAAGCAUUAC